AUGGAUAAACCACCUAUGCAAGGCAUGUCCCCUUGGGAAUCCAUAGCCUUCUACUUUCCGCAGAUCUUUGGAGACUCCACCAACGCCGGCUUCGAUGUUUUGGCCUGUGGUGAGGGUACCUCGUCAUCCCCUUUCAGCGUUUGUAAUAGCGGCGUUCCCCUCAACUCUUUCACGGCAGAAUGGGUGCAUUGCAGCUUCCCCCACAGCGGCAGUUAUUUCCCGGUCCCCCUUUACGUCUUUUACGCAAUGUCUUUUGUCGCCAUCACAUGCCGGGCAGAAUCUUGGGCCGCACCCAUAGCCCUCACCUCGAUCAUGGCCUACAGCGCCACCACGGCCAUCCAUGCCCUCGUUCUCGCCGCCGUCUCGUUGACGGAUUACAUUUCGAGGCUGUCUCGACUUCGCUCCGGCUACGAGGUUGUACUCGUCGGGGGUGUCUCCCUGUCGGGAACCCUGGAGCGUGGCGGCGGGGAUGGACCAGUGUGGCUGCCCCUGAUCCCCAUGGUCUUCGACCCCGACACGGACCUCAUCAACCUGGUCCUGGGCUUCACCUAUCUCUGCAUCAUCCCCCUGUACCGCCGCUCCGUCGUGUACAAGAACCUGACAGAUACGCCGCGCAAGAGGCUCCUGGCGUGGGUGUGGAUUUUUCUCGUCACCGCUGGCUUUGUGGCGGGGUUUGGCACGAGUGUAUACAUGCAGAUAUGGUACAGCCCCCAGGUACGGUUUUGUCCGGCCAGAAACGGUCCAAUUGAUGCUGCAGGGGCUCAUGACAAGCUUCCCGCGGCGCUCCAGGGCCCCAACGAGGAUUUGGAAUCCUGGAAUCCCGAGGACUGGUACCGAUGGAACCGGACCGCGCCAAGGGUAUUCGGGAACGAAAGCACCAUGGCAUCUGCUAUGCGCUGUCUCUACCCAAGUGCAGACUUUUGGUGGCCAACCCGCGACCCGGCAGAGAUCCAGGUGAAGGCCUUCCUACCACGCCAUCUCCGGAGUGGAAGGACCCCGCCUGCCUUUGACGAGGUAGUUAUCGUGGGUAGCCUCGUGCUGUUUUUUACUUCGGCUUUUGCGAACCUGCUCCUUUACUUCACUCGCAACUCCCCCAAAGCGCGAAUUCCGGGUCUUCUAUGGCCGCAAAACGGCGAAGAGCUUCCCGAGAAUCGGUUUCUGCUAGCCCUCGAGGUGAUUGCAUCCGUGGUGAUUCCGGUGGCCGGCUUGGUAUUGGCCGUCAUGAUGAACAUCAUAGUCUGGAAGGACCCGCGGAACGAGUUCUAUGAGGGGUUUACCCACCUCGGACAGUGGGGCUUUCUCUGCAACAUAUUGUUGUUUGCAGGAGGUGUGUUUGUUGCUGGCCCGGAUGGAGAAAGCAAUCAAAUGGAUGACCCGCCUGCUGCACCCGAGGAGGAUCCUCUCGCGGAUCUGGCUUGA